GACUUUCAUGGAAAUGUCAGUGACAGCUGGAGAAAGUCUCCAAACAUCCCACACAAGGCACUUUCUGCCCACGAAAAUCCCCUGUUUUCCACGGAAAAUCCAACUUGUGGUAGAAAAUCCGCCCUUAAGUGAAAAAUAAUGGAAUAAAAAGUAAAAAUUGCAUGAAAAAAGUUGAAAUAGUGAAGUGAAAUCUUUUACAAAAUGCAAAAGUUUUGAGUGGACUGUGCGUAAUAUUACCGUUCCAUCAUGUUUUCCGCAUUUAAGAAACUCACUGCGAAGUCGGAGGCUUCUGCAGGGCCUCCAGAGACAGCUGGUCAUGCCAUGUCGGGGUCCCUUCAGAAGAAAUUCGCCCGGGGUGUACAGUACAACAUGAAAAUAAUCAUAAAGGGAGACAGAAAUGUGGGCAAAUCGUGCUUAUUGGAGCGCCUCCAGGGGCGCUCCUUCGUGGAGGCUUAUACACCAACUGAACAGAUCCAAGUGGCAUCCAUUCAGUGGAGUUUCAAAGCCACUGAGGAUGUGGUUAAAGUCGAGGUGUGGGAUGUUGUGGAUCGAGGGAAGGCUAGGGUUCGACAGACAAGCCUCAAAUUGGCCACAAAUACUGCUCCAGCUGAGACUCCAGCACUAGAUGCUGAGUUCUUGGAUGUCUACAAGGGCACCCAUGGUGUUGUUCUGAUGAUGGACAUCACCAAGGCCUGGACGUUUGAUUAUGUGUCCAGGGAACUCCCCAAGGUGCCCCCGGAGAUUCCAGUCUUGGUCCUGGGGAAUCACUGUGACAUGAAUCAUCACAGAGUAGUCUCCACGGGCCAGGCUGUGGCUCUAGUUGAAGGUUUUCAGGCUGAUCGCCCUGGCGAAGUACUGUACGGUGAGAGUUCCAUGCGAAAUGGCUUCGGACUGAGGCUCCUGCACAAAUUCCUUGGAUUGCCCUUCCUCAAACUCCAGCGAGACACCCUCCUGGCCCAAUUGGAGAGGAAUCGCCGUGAUGCUGAAAUUUGCAGUUUUGAGAUUGUGGAAUUUCUCAAAUCUGGAGAUUCAGACUAUGGGCAAUUUCUUGAUCAAUUGGUCAGCAGACGGAGACAAAUGGCUGAUGCUAAGAGUGCUGUGGCCGUUCAGCCAGCUGUUCCGGAAUUCCGGCCUACUAAGAGUAUAAUUGUGGGUGGGGGGCAGCCAAUUGUAAUUCCUGGGCAGGUGCCUGAGAAGAAGCCUCAACAGAGGAAUCUCGCAACUCUGGUGUCAGAUGUGAGUCAGUUGAGCGUCAAUGAGAUGGAGAAGAUCACUAGUGUGGAGGAUUUCUGCCCCGAGGGAGGUGGUGGACUGGAUAAAGAUUUCUUCGAUGAUUGCCCAGUGACACCCACGGCCAAGAUUCAGGUCAGAUCUGCCGGCGGAAAUGAGUCUGAGAGUGACACUGAAGGUGCCAAUCCUCAGGUGGCUCGAUUUGAGGAAGAAUUUGCCGAUGAUGAUGAAGAUGAGGAGCCAAUUCCAGUGAAAAGUGCCCCGGAGAGCCGUCAAACCAUCUCAAGUGAUGAACUCGAAGUCAUUGCAAAAGUUACUCCGAAGACUGUCCUGGAUGAAGUGGAUUUUGACUCGUGGAUCAUGGAUUCCAGUGUUCAACAGCGAAGAUCUCCCGAAGGUGGUGAGGAUUCCACCAUAACAGUUAGUAUUCACCAAGAUGUGACACCAGAUGCUGAAGAUGUGCCGGCGGAAGAAUCUGGCGAACGACGAAAGUCGCAGAAGAAGAAGAAAGAGAAGAAGGAGAAGAAGGAUCGAGAGGAGCGCAAGAAGAAGAAACGCAAGUCACGGGAUCAUGAACAGGAGGAUUCAGGACCACAGUCUGCCGAUGGAUAUGAAUGUAUUUAGUAGAGGAGAUCCGUGAAAUCUUCCGCCUCCUGAGAUUUUGUUGAUUUAUUUUUUUUAGCUCAUUUUAUCCCUUUGAGAUUUUUUUCUUAUCCAACGACUCGUUUUUUUUUUACGUUUAAUAAAUUUUUUUUACACCUA